UUUUACCCACCUUCUGGGUUCCAGAGCAGAGCCUGUUUCAGACAACUAUCUCUGGCCUCUCCUGGUCAACACCAUGAUCAAGACCCCCCGUGACCAUCUGCUGGAUUCCCUGGAGGAGCUGGUGUCCGAUGACUUUGAGAAGUUCAAGUUUAAGCUGCAGAACACCAGCCUGGAGAGGGAUCACUUCCGGAUCCCCCGGGGCCAGCUCCAGAAUGCCAAGCCAGUGAAGCUGGCUUCUCUGAUGAUCACCUCCUAUGGGGAGGAGUACGCUGUGAAGCUGACCCUACAAGUCCUGAGGGCCAUCAACCAGAACCUCCUGGCAGAGGAGCUUGUCAGGGCGAUUGGCCCAGAGUAUCUGAUACAAGAAAGUGGCACAGACAGUUCAGCAAUGUCUUGUUCUUCUGGGGAGAAUAAGCCCAAGGGCCUGAGGAUACCAGACGGCCUGGAAGGUGAGAGGCAGCGGCAAAGUGGUGAUGGGGCCAUCAGCCGACCAUCCAGCCAGUAUGAGGCUGGAAGGGGGCCCCAGAAGAAGCCUCAGGGCAAACGGAGAGAUCAGACGACCUCUGAGGACCAGGAUAUGCAGGGCAAGCCAGGGGCCAGGAGCAUGACUCUGUCCUCCAGGAGAAGCCCACUUUAUGGCAAGCAACAGGGGGAGAAGGGGAGUCCCAGUGGCAAGCUACGCAGGAAUUCCAGCUCUGCAGGAAGUCUCCAAGAACAUGCCUCUGAAUCUCCUACUGGGUCCCAAAGAGUCAAAUCCAGGAUCUCUGGGCAGCAGCGACCCAGAAGUCUUGAUUUUACCAUUUCGAGAGAGAGAGAACUCCCCAAUCCAGAAACUCUUCUGAGUCAAGAAAAAAUGAGAAGUGAUCAUCCAGACUCAGCAGCCACCCCCAGUGAAGUGGCCACACUGGAUAUAGGUGCUACUGUGGCUCCAGAGAAAGGCUCCAGGAAUCCAGAACAUUCCAUGAUCUUGAAGGGGGGAGUAUUCAGGAACACACUUUCCAAUGUAUCGUCGUCUGGUCUCCAGACAACCUGGGAGCAUCCAGAAUCUACAGGACCUUCAAAAAAAAAUGGAAUUGAGGAUCGAGAACCCUCUGAGACCUUGAAGGAGGUGGUAGGCAGUGAGCUCCAUCAGCCUUCAGGUCCAGAAGUCUCUCCUUCUUCAGGGAAGCCACAGGAUGGGGCUGUGUUACCCCUUUGCCGUGCCCAGGAAGGAGACGAUUCCUGCAGAUACUCCGUUGCUUCUAGGGAUCCCAAGACCUCAGGCAUACGCAAACGCAGCAGCUUCCUGAGCCUGGCCUCACUCCAAGUAAAUAACCCGGAAGACAACAAGCAGCACGAAGGUCUGCAAAUAGCUAACUUGAGCCCCAAGUCCCUGCCACAGUGUGAGAGACACAUGAAGCAGGUCCAGCUGCUCUUCUGUGAGGACCACAGGGAGCCUAUCUGCCUCAUCUGCAGGCUGACUCAGGAACAUCAAGGCCACUGGGUACGCCCCAUUGAGGAGGCUGCCCUGGAAUACAAGGAGCAAAUUCAAAAGCAGCUGGAGCAUCUGAAGGAGUUGAGAAAAUCUGGGGAAGAGCAGAGAUCUCAGGGGGAUAAGAAGACUGCAAACUUCCUGAAACAAAUUGAAACCCAGAAGCAGACACUCCGGCACCAGUUGGAGCAGCUGUACCAUCUUCUGGAGCAGCAAGAGAAGCUCUUUGUGGCCUCGCUAGAGGAUCUGAGCAAGACCAUUGGCCAGGUUGGGGAGAAAUAUAACACCCAUGUGUCCAGAGACAUUGCCCUUCUUGACAAGCUGAUUGGGGAGUUGGAGGCCAAGCAGUGCCAGCCGGAAUGGGAGCUUAUGAAGGACAUCGGAGUCACCCUGCACAGGGUCAAGAUAGUGGCUGUUCCUAAGCCAUGGGAUAUUCCUUCAGAUGUGGAAAAAAAGAUCCACUGGAUCUACCAGAAAUCGGAGUUUGCGGAGAAGCGCAUGAAGUCCUUCUUGGAAAAGCUGCGUUCAGAAACGGACACCUUCAAUGUUCCAGAACUGAUUUGCGCUCAGGCAUAUGCCGUUGAUGUGACUCUGGAUGCAGAAACUGCCCACCCCAACCUCAUCUUCUCUAAUAACCUGAAGAGCGUGAGACUUGGAAACAAGUGUGAUCGUCUGCCUGACAAUCCAGGAAGAUUUGAUAGUUGCACCAUCGCCCUCGGCCUUCAAAGCUUCCUCUCUGGCCGCCAUUACUGGGAAGUGGAGGUGGGAAAAAAGACAGGGUGGAUCCUGGGCAUCUGCAAGGCAUCUGCGAGCAGGAAAGGGAGCAUGACUCUGUCACCCAACAAUGGCUACUGGGUAGUGAUGAUGAUGAAGCGGAAUGAGUACCAGGUAUCCACCAUUCCCCCAACACGCUUGCAGAUAAGGGAACCCCCCAGACGUGUGGGCAUCUUCCUGGACUACCAGGCUGGAGACAUUUCCUUUUACAAUGUAACAUACAAAUCUCUCAUCUACACAUUCAGCAGCUUCUCUUCUUCUGGGCCCCUUAAGCCUAUGUUCAGCCCUGGAACACAUGAUGGAGGGAAGAACAUGGAUCCUCUGACCAUCUGUCCAGUGGGUGACCAGGGGUCUCCCUGAAUGCCCAACACUUUGCAUCCCUCUUCUGGCUCCCAGCCUUGUAUCUUGAAUCUGUACACUCAACUGUCAUUACUGAAUGCUUACCGGGUUCCAGCUGUGGUGGGUAAUAUAACAAAUAAGAGAAGAGUACCUGUGCCCAAAGAGCCCAUGGAACAGUAGCAGAAAUAAGCUGUGUACACAAAUACUGGUAAACUAAGGGUGAAGAGAACACAUGUACUGAUGACACCUCAGAGGAAGAAGUACAUGGCUGUUGCUUAAUAAAUCCUUGUAUGAAUUGCACCUAAGAUGCCCCUAAGGCAGAGAUCUCACCCUCAUCCUCCCUCAGAAUUCUGUGGCAAGGAUGUGUCCCCUAAUUCUAUCCUCCUCUUUCUUGAAGACUUGGAAAGCUGAGAAAUAGAACAAGCAGACUGGAUUGUUAUAUUUUUGUACCUGGAUUAAUGAAUUAUGGAUCUUAAGAGUAUUGGCUAAGCCUCAUAAAUAAAUCAGUUAGAAAACUUGGUCAUAAUUGCA